UUGAGGGAAACUUUUAAUUGUACAUAUUUUGUGCCAGUUGUUUUUUCUUGGUUCAACGUCACUGGUGAUUUAUUUCUCAAGAAUUCGAAGAAUUGAUCUCUUCUUGGUUGAUAAUUGUAAGCGUCCGUCAAUGUGAAAAUGAAUAACAUUUGACAAAAGUCAAGACAAUUCUUCACUCUGUAAUUUGUUGUAGAUGUUCCCAUUAUUUUCUAGAAAACUGAGUCCAAAGGUUUUUAUUUAUUUAUUUUGAAACUACUUUAGGGUAGGAUAAAGUGAUCAAGUUCCUCAAAAGCAGAAUAGAAAACGAAAAAACAAUUUUUAUUUUAUUUUAUCGAUUUACUUGAACUUUUUAUUUUUUAAUUCUAUUCUGAAUAUGUUUAAUAAGAAAAGUUGGCAGGCAGGCAGCUACCGUUGCCCGUAGCAGAUCUGAAUGCAAAGCAAAACUUGUGAUCUCAAAUGGCAGAUUGGUCUCAACUCCCACAAGAGCUUCUAGUUCUAAUAGCCGAACGCCUUGAAGCCCGAUUUGAUGUUGUCAGAUUCCGAUCUGUCUGCUGUUCAUGGCGUUCCUCUGUUCCACCAAAACUUUACCCUUUUCGACCCACGUAUCUCCGAACCCAAGGUAGAAUUGAGGAGUCUCUGAGCCAUAUCACCAGAUAUACCUUUUACCUUUUAAGAUCGUCUCGCGGCGACGAAACAGAAGCCCCUGCUUGCUGGUUGGUCAAAAUCGGAGAAGGAAGCCGCGGUGUCAAAAUGCAAUUGUUGAAUCCUUUUUCAGAUUCUAAGCUGGAAUCUCUUCCAAGAAACUUCCCAAAGGUAUUGGAUUUAACCAACUUUCAAGUCAUUGAAUUGGGUCAGCAAUAUAUUGGUCUGUAUGAUGUGUAUAUUGAUCAUCCUUUAGAGCCCCUAUGCUACGACUACAGAAAAAAAGUAGUUCUGCAGCAGUCAAGUACCAAUUGUGAUGAUUUUAUAAUAUUUGCGUCUUUCCGAUACCCGGCUUUUCUGAGGUCGGGGGAAAAGGAAUGGACUGUGCUUGAAAUUAUGUAUGACAUUGAGGAUAUUAUUUCAUUUAAUGAGAAAUUCUAUGCCAUUGACCUAAAUGGCAAAACUAGAGUCAUUGACCAAUCUUUAAACGUUAGUUUCCUGCCACAUGUAGGCUCUCCCGGUAGCAGAAAGUUCUUGGUUAAGUCCCAUGAUAAUUUGUUGGCUGUUGAAAUGCUUUCGAAUCCAGAUAAGGGUGUUGGUUUUAGAGUGUUUAGGAUGAGUGAAGAAGAUCACAAGUGGGAUGAGAUGGAAAGUUUAAGGGAUCGGAUUUUAUUUCUGGAUUUUUAUGGAGCAGUUUCAGCACCAGCUUCUGAAUUAUAUUGGAGUAAAGGAAACUUCAUCUUCUAUCCCGGAGGUCUCUUCGGCUCUCCACAUGAUCCUGACCCUGGAUUUAGACUUGUCUUUGUGUUUGAUUUAGAAACUGGUACUGCCUGCCCUUUAGAGAAUUGCCCUGCCUACUGUAACUUGUUCUGGCCACCUCCACAAUGGGCAACUUCUUCAGAAUCAGUAAUUUCUUUGACAGAAGUUAUAAGCAACUCGGCUCAUUCAAUAAGUUCUGCUACACCAGAAAAUGAAUGCAUGAAUCCUGAAUCUGAUUUCACGAUUUCUUUGACUGAAGUUAUAAGCAACUCGACUCAUUUGAUAAGUUCUGCUACACCAGAAAAUGAAUGCAUGUAUCCUGAAUCCGGUUUCGCUCUCUCUCCAACACCAAUUACCCCAAAAAGAGUAACUUAUCCGGCAGGAAAAGAAGUCGGCAGCGAGCAACCCUCUCCAAGCUCAAAGUGCAGCUUCAAAUUCUGCUGUUUCUAACUCCCCUCAAGACCCCCAUUUACCCAUAGAUGUAUAAUAUUUAUGGAAAACGUGUGCAGGCAUGUAUAAACUAUUAUGAUUUUUCCUUGCUUAUCUCUAUAUGGACAACAUCAUUUCCACCAA